AUGCCAAUCACUGAAACAGCAUCUUCUCUGCUGCCCCUUGUCUGUACUCUCAGAACAGCAGCUAGUGAAUCUUGGAAAGUUGUUUUUACUUUUCCAGGUUUUGCUCAAGCAAACCAGUUUAACUAUGGAGUUGAUAAUGCUGAGUUGGGAAACAGUGUGCAAUUAGUUUCUUCUUUCCGAUCAAUUUCUUGUGAUGUAGAAAAAGAUUCAAGUCAUUCAACUCAAAUUACGUGCUAUACUAGAGCAAUGCCAGAAGAUUCCUACACUGUGAGAGUCAGUGUGGAUGGGGUUCCUAUUACAGAAAGUAAUACCUGCAGAGGUCGCAUCAACAGCUGGGAAUGCACCUUCAAUGUAUAUGGGAAUCUCCUCUUUUACUUUUGGAUGAUCAAUCUUGUGCUUGCUUUCUUGCUGAAUUGGGCUUUUAUUUUCUUGCUACCUGGAGAUGCUUCUGACUUCAUACUGCAAUCAGCUUUAAAUGACCUCUGGUCUAUAAAACCAGAUACAGUUCAAGUAGUAAGAACACAAAACCCCCAAAGCUAUGUUUACAUGGUAAUUUUUAUAUCAACUCGAGGAGACUUUGAUCUGCUUGGUUAUGAAGUGUUUGAAGGGGACAAUGUCACACUGAAUAUUACAGAACAAAUCAAAGGAAAACCCAGUUUGGAUACAUUCACACUGAACUGGGAUGGGAUCACUUCUAAGCCUCUGACCGCUUGGUCAUCAGAAGCUGAAUUUCAGGCAGCCGUGGAAGAAAUGGUUACCGCCAAGUGUCCACCGCAAAUUGCAAAUUUUGAAGAAGGAUUUGUUGUGAAAUACUUUAGAGAUUAUGAAACUGAUUUUAACCUGGAACAUGUUAACAGAGGGAAGAAGACAGCUGAAACUGAUGCUUACUGUGGUCGGUAUUCCCUGAAAAGCCCAGCUGUUCUUUUUGACUCAGCAGAUGUUAAACCAAACAGACUACCAUAUGGAGACAUUUUAUUAUUUCCUUAUAAUCAGUUAUGUUUGGCAUACAAAGGAUUCCUGGCAAAUUAUAUUGCUCUGAAAUUCCAAUACCAAGACAGAAGCAAGUUUACUAGAAGCAAUGAUAUACAAUUUACAUAUAAUUUUACUAAUGGAAACAACUGGACCUAUGCGUGCAUAGACCUUCUGGACCUCAUACAAACCAAAUACACUGGGACAAAUUUUUCUCUUCAGAGGAUUGGUUUACAGAAAGUGUCAGAAUCACAGUCCUUCUAUGUAGAUGCAGUAUACAUUGGACAGACAUCUACAGUCUCGGCAUGGGAUGAAAUGCCAAAGAGAAGACUUCCAGCAUUAGCAAGUAAAGGGAUAUUUUUAAAGCACUUUCAGGUGAAUCACACCAAAAUUAAUGGAUCAAGUAUGACCAACCAAUAUUCUAUCACCAUGACUUCAUAUAAUUGCAGUUAUAAUAUACCCAUGAUGAGUGUGAGCUUUGGGCAGGAUCACCGGGCCAAUCUAGGAUAUUACCUUGAAAUCUUGCUGCAGGAGUAUAGGCUGAGUGCCUUCGUUGAUGUUGGUCUGUACCAGUAUAGAAAUGUUUAUACAGAACAGCAGACAGAAGAUGCAGUGAAUGAAGAACAAGUUAUCAGAUCCCAGUCGACAAUUGUCCAGGAAGUGCAGGUUAUAACAUUGGAAAACUGGGAAACAUCUAGUGCAACUAAUGAAGUUCAGAGGAUCACGGUAACCAGCCCGUGCGUGGAAGCUAAUUCAUGUUCACGCUACCAAUAUAGAUUAAUCUAUAACAUGGAAAAAACUGUACAUGGAUUAGGUUAUGCCUGGUCACCAUCAGUCUUAAAUAUAUCUGUGGGAGACACAGUGACGUGGCAUUGGCAAGCACAUCCAUUUCUUAGGGGAAUAGGAUAUAGGGUUUUCUCUGUAUCCAGCCCUGGAAGUGUAAUUUAUGAUGGCAAAGGAUUUACGAAUGGAAGAGAAAAAUCUGCAUCAGGUUCAUUUUCUUACCAAUUUACUUCACCUGGAACCCAUUAUUACAGCAGCGGGUAUGUUGAUGAGGCUUGCUCCAUUUUUCUCCAAGGAGUCAUUAAUGUUUUACCAGCUGAAACCAGGCACAUUCCCCUGCACCUGUUUGUGGGUAGCGCCGAAGCCACAUAUGCUCAGGGACCUGUGAAUUUGCACUUGGGGAGCUCUGUGGCAGGCUGCCUAGCAACAGAACCCUUGUGUGGCCCCAACAAUACCAGGGUUAAAAAUUCAGAUGGAUUGGUCUUUGAGCUUUCAAGUUGUUUUUCACCAUCUAUAAACAACAUUAGUCCAUCUGCUGGAACACGAAAUGAAUUGAUAACAAUUACUGGACAUGGCUUCAGUAAUCUCACAUGUGCUAAUAAGGUUACAAUUGGUAGCUACCCCUGUAUUGUAGAAGAAAGUAGUGACAGUUCGAUUAUAUGUCAUAUUGACCCUCAAAACUCAAUGGAUGUUGGCAUCAGGGAAAUUGUCACAUUAACUGUCUACAACCUGGGCACGGCUAUCAAUACGCUGUCCAAUGAAUUUGACAGGCGAUUUGUACUUUUGCCAAACAUCGACAUGGUGUUGCCAAAUGCAGGAUCAGCUACAGGAAUGACAAGAGUGACCAUAAAAGGCUCUGGAUUUGCAGUUUCUUCUGCAGGUGUAGAAGUCUUCAUGGGUAAUUUUCCCUGUAAAAUUCUAUCAGUAAGUUAUACAGUCAUCAAGUGUGAAACAUCUCCUGCUCCCCAACAGCUUGUGAAAGUGGAUCUUCUGAUACAUGGAGUGCCUGCCCAGUGUCAGGGGAACUGCAGCUUUUCAUACUUAGAAAGCAUCACUGCUGUUGUAACAAGAAUCUUCCCAUACUCUAUUGAGGGACCUGUAAAAGUUCUUAUUGAAGGAGAAGGUUUUGACACUACCUUGGAGGACAUUGCUGUUUUCAUUGGAAACCAACGGUUCAGAGCAGUAGAUGUUAAUGAAAAUAACAUCACUGUUCUUGUGAGUCCCCUCCCAGCUGGACUUCAUUCUCUUAGUGUUGUGGUGGGAAGUAAAGGCUUGGCUCUGGGAAACCUUACUGUUAGCAGCCCCGCGGUAGCAUCUGUCACACCAGCUUCUGGAAGCAUUGCUGGUGGAACUAUAUUGGUGACCACAGGAAAUGGCUUUUCCCCAGGCAAUACCACAGUCACUGUUGGGGAUGAACCUUGUGAAAUUAUUUCUGUCAACUCCAGUGAAGUCCACUGCUACACCCCAGCAGGGACAGCUGGAAGGGUCAGUGUGAAGAUCUUUGUUAAUGCAGUUGCCUAUCCACCUCUGUCAUUUACGUAUGCCUUGGAAGAUACUCCACUUCUCAGAGAAGUUGUCCCAAAUACAGGUCCACCAGGAACCAAAAUUCAAAUCACUGGAUCUAAUUUUGGUAUUGAUAUCUUGGACAUUUUGGUAAUGAUAGACAACAUUCUGUGUAACGUAACCAUGGUCAAUGAUAGCGUAUUGCAGUGCGUCAUUGGAGAUCAUGCUGGUGGCACUUUUCCUGUUACGAUGCAUCAUAAGACAAAAGGCUUUGCCGCGUCCACAGUUGUAUUUGAGUACCCACUUGCUAUUCAAAAUAUUCAUCCAAGCCAAGGAAGCUUCGGUGGUGGUCAGACCAUGACUGUGACCGGCACCGGGUUUAAUCCACAAACCUCAACUAUAUUGGUGUGUGGCUCAGAAUGUGCAGUUGACAGGCUUAAAUCUGAUCGCACAACACUAUUAUGUAAAAUUCCACGUAACGAUGGCAGAGGACCUGAGCAAGCCUGUGAAGUGAGUGUGGUCAAUGGGAAGGAUUUGUCACAGUCCACGACUCCUUUUACGUAUACCAUGUUACUGACUCCACUCAUCGCCGAAAUAUAUCCCAAGAGAGGCAGUACAGCAGGGGGCACGAGACUUACAAUCACAGGAUCAGGCUUCAGUGAAAAUAUGCAAGAUGUUCUCAUCACCAUAGCCGAAGCCAAAUGUGAUGUUGAGUAUUCCAACAAGACAUAUAUCAUCUGUAUGACAAAUGCCCACACCUCUUCAGGGUGGGCUCCAGUGUGUGUCAACAUCAGAAGCAUUGGCAUGGCCAGACUGGAUGAUUCUGACUUCCUGUAUAUUGAUGUUUGGUCCUCCAACUUCUCAUGGGGAGGAAAAUCUCCCCCAGAGGAAGGGUCUCUAGUUGUUAUUACAAAAGGACAGACAAUUUUGCUGGAUCAAAAUACACCUAUUCUGAAAAUGUUGCUUAUUCAGGGUGGGACUCUAAUAUUUGAUGAAGCUGACAUUGAACUGCAGGCAGAAAAUAUUCUAAUUACGGAUGGAGGCAUUCUUCAGAUUGGGACGGAAGCAUCCCCAUUUCAACACAGGGCAGUCAUUACUUUGCAUGGACACCUGCGAUCUCCCGAGCUCCCAGUAUAUGGCGCCAAAACUCUGGCCGUGCGAGAGGGAAUCCUGGAUCUGCAUGGUCUGCCUGUUUCUGUGAUCUGGACUCAUCUGGCUCAUACUGCAAAGGCAGGAGAAAGAACUUUGAUUUUACAAGAAGCAGUAACUUGGAAACCAGGAGAUAAGAUUGUAAUUGCAAGCACAGGUCACAGGCACAGUCAACAAGAGAAUGAAAAGAGGACCAUCGCAUCUGUAUCUGCCGAUGGCAUGAAGAUAAUGCUAACUGAGCCACUGAAUUACACACACUUAGGAAUCACUGUCAGACUCCCCGAUGGAACUCUGUUUGAAGCGAGAGCCGAAGUCGGAAUUCUUACAAGAAAUAUUUUAAUAAGAGGAUCUGAUAAUGUGGAGUGGAAUAUCAAAAUUCCAGCAUGUCCGGAUGGAUUUGACACUGGUGAAUUUGCUACACAGACAUGCUUCCAAGGAAAGUUUGGAGAAGAAAUAGGAAGUGACCAGUUUGGAGGCUGCAUUAUGUUCCAUGCUCCCAUACCUGGUGCUAACAUGGUAACUGGAAGAAUAGAAUAUGUAGAGAUAUUCCAUGCUGGCCAGGCUUUCCGGUUGGGGCGUUAUCCAAUACAUUGGCACCUGCUUGGAGAUUUACAGUUUAAAUCUUAUGUAAGAGGCUGUGCAAUUCACCAGGCCUAUAACAGAGCCGUUACUAUCCAUAACACACAUCAUCUGCUGGUGGAGCGGAAUAUUAUAUAUGAUAUCAAGGGAGGAGCAUUUUUUAUAGAAGAUGGUAUUGAACAUGGCAAUAUCUUGCAGUAUAACUUGGCAGUAUUUGUGCAGCAAAGUACCAGUCUUCUGAAUGAUGAUGUGACCCCCGCUGCAUUUUGGGUAACGAACCCAAACAACACCAUACGACACAAUGCAGCUGCUGGUGGCACUCACUUUGGCUUUUGGUACCGAAUGAACAACCACCCUGAUGGGCCAUCCUAUGACCGAAACAUUUGCCAAAAAAGAGUUCCUCUUGGAGAGUUCUUUAACAACACUGUUCAUUCUCAAGGUUGGUUUGGAAUGUGGAUAUUUGAAGAAUAUUUCCCCAUGCAGACAGGAUCUUGUACUUCUACAGUGCCAGUGCCUGCGAUAUUUAAUUCACUGACUACUUGGAAUUGUGAAAAAGGAGCUGAAUGGGUCAAUGGAGGUGCCCUUCAGUUCCAUAACUUUGUGAUGGUAAAUAAUUUUGAGGCUGGAAUUGAGACCAAAAGGAUUCUGGCUCCUUAUGUUGGAGGAUGGGGUGAAACCAAUGGAGCAGUGAUUAAAAAUGCCAAAAUAGUUGGGCAUCUCGAUGAACUGGGAAUGGGGUCUGCAUUUUGCACAAGGAAAGGCCUGGUUCUCCCAUUUAGUGAAGGCUUGACUGUAUCAUCUGUACACUUUAUGAACUUUGACCGUCCCAACUGUGUAGCUUUGGGAGUGACGUCCAUCACUGGAGUUUGUAAUGAGAGAUGUGGAGGCUGGAGUGCAAAAUUUGUUGACAUCCAGUAUUUUCACACACCAAACAAGGCUGGCUUUCGAUGGGAACAUGAAGUGGUACUGAUUGAUGUUGACGGUUCGCUUACAGGUCACAGAGGACACACCGUCAUUCCACACAGCUCACUGCUGGACCCUUCUCAUUGCACUCAAGAAGCCGAGUGGAGCAUUGGGUUCCCAGGGGCUGUCUGUGACACCUCAGUCAGCUUCCACCGUUUGGCAUUCAACAAACCUUCUCCAGUAUCUCUGCUUGAAAAGGAUGUGGUUCUCUCAGACUCUUUUGGCACAAGCAUUGUUCCCUUUCAGAAGAAACGACUGACUCAUAUGUCUGGAUGGAUGGCUCUGAUUCCAAAUGCAAAGCACAUUAACUGGUAUUUUAAAGAUGUAGAUCACAUAACCAACAUAUCUUAUACGUCAACAUUCUAUGGAUUUAAGGAAGAAGACUAUGUAAUCAUAUCUCAUAACUUCACUCAAAAUCCUGGUAAGUUUAAUGUUAUUGACAUGAGGAAUGGCUCUUCAAAUCCGUUGAGUUGGAAUACUAGCAAGAAUGGAGACUGGCACCUUGAAGCAAACACAAGUACUCUAUAUUACUUGGUGUCAGGAAGAAAUGACCUUCAGCAGAGCCAGCCCAUUUCUGGUACCCUGGAUCCUGAUGUGAAAGAUGUUAUUAUUAAUUUCCAAGCUUACUGCUGCAUUCUCCAGGACUGCUUUCCUGUACAUCCCCCAUCAAGAAAACCAAUUCCCAGGAAGCGACCAGCCACAUAUAACUUAUGGUCAAAUGAUUCUUUCUGGCAAUCAUCUCGAGAAAAUAAUUAUACCAUACCUCACCCAGGAGCAAAUGUAGUUAUUCCUGAAGGAACAUGGGUUGUAGCAGACACAGAUAUUCCACCAAUGGAAAGUCUCAUUAUUUGGGGAGUUCUAGAACUGGAAGAUAAACACACUGUGGGAGCUGCAGAGUCUUCUUACAGAAAAGUUGUUCUGAAUGCUACCUACAUAUCACUUCAGGGAGGUAGAUUGAUUGGUGGCUGGGAAGAUUACCCUUUUAAAGGAGAAUUACAGAUUGUUCUUAGAGGAAAUCAUUCUACUCCAGAGUGGGCUCUUUCAGAAGGACCAAAUCAAGGAUCAAAGGUCUUAGGGGUGUUUGGUGAACUGGAUCUUCAUGGAAUUCCACGUUCAAUAUAUAAAACUAAGCUCUCAGAAACUGCAGAGGCAGGUUCCAAAGUCCUGUCUCUAAUAGAUGCUGUGGAUUGGCAGGAGGGAGAAGAGAUUGUGAUAACAACCACAAGCUAUGAUUUCCACCAGACAGAAACUAGAAGUAUCGUUAAAAUCCUGCAUGACCAGAAAAUUCUCAUUCUCAAUGAUACCCUUUCCUACACUCACCUUGCUGAAAGAUACCAUGUUCCUGGAACAGGUCAGAGCUAUACAUUAGCAGCUGAUGUUGGAAUACUGAGUAGGAACAUCAAAAUACUUGGUGAAGAUUAUCCAGGUUGGUUCAAGGAAUCUUUUGGCGCACGUGUCCUGGUCAGCUCAUUCACUCAGAAUAUGAUGACAUUUAAAGGAAAUGCAAGGAUAAGUAACGUGGAAUUUUAUCACAGUGGUCAAGAAGGCUUCAGGGAUAGCAUGGAUCCAAGAUACGCCGUAACAUUUCUUAACUUAGGACAGAUUCAAGAACGUGGCUCAUCCUAUAUUCGAGGCUGUGCCUUUCACAAUGGCUUUUCCCCAGCGAUUGGUGUGUUUGGGACAGAUGGAUUGGACAUAGAUGACAACGUCAUUCACUUUACAGUGGGGGAAGGUAUAAGAAUAUGGGGGGAUGCCAACAGAGUUCGAGGAAACUUGGUUGCACUUUCAGUUUGGCCAGGAACCUACCAAAACAGAAAAGAUUUAAGUUCAACUCUCUGGCAUGCAGCAAUUGAGAUAAACAGAGGGACCAAUACAGUCUUACAAAAUAACGUCGUGGCUGGAUUUGGAAGGGUGGGAUACCGCAUUGAUGGUGAACCUUGCUCAAGUCAGUCUAAUCCCAUGGAAAAGUGGUUUGACAAUGAAGCCCAUGGAGGUUUGUAUGGUAUUUAUAUGAACCAAGAUGGCCUUCCUGGGUGUUCUCUUAUACAGGGAUUUACCAUUUGGACAUGCUGGGAUUAUGGAAUUUAUUUUCAGACCACAGAGAGUGUGCAUAUCUAUAAUGUGACUCUGGUUGACAAUGGGAUGGCCAUUUCUUCAAUGAUUUACAUGCCAGCUGCUGUAUCUCACAAGAUUUCCAGUAAAACAGUGCAGAUUAAGAGUGCAUUAAUUGUUGGAAGUAGCCCUGGAUUUAAUUGCUCUGAUGUCCUAACUAAUGAUGAUCCCAAUAUUGAACUUUCUGCUGCCCAUCGGAGUGCUAGACCUCCAUCAGGUGGGAGAAGUGGGAUUUGCUGGCCUACCUUUGCUUCAGCACAUAACAUGGCACCCCGGAAGCCCCAUGCAGGGCUCAUGAGCUACAAUGCCAUUAGUGGCCUUCUGGAUAUCUCAGGUUCAACAUUUGUUGGAUUUAAGAAUGUUUGUUCAGGUGAAACUAAUGUGAUAUUCAUUACUAACCCUUUAAAUGAAGACUUACAGCAUCCAAUCCAUGUGAAGAACAUACAGCUGGUUGAUACUACUGAACAAUCAAAAAUAUUCAUACAUAGGCCUGAUAUAAGUAAGGUGAAUCCAGCUGAUUGUGUAGACAUGGUUUGUGAUGCCAAAAGGAAAUCUUUUCUUAGAGAUAUGGACGGCUCUUUUCUGGGAAAUUCUGGUUCAGUGAUACCUCAAGCAGAAUAUGAGUGGAAUGGAAAUAGUCAAUUUGGAAUUGGAGACUACAGGAUUCCUAAGGUGAUGCUCACAUUCCCAAAUGGAAGUAGAAUUCCUGUCACUGAGAAAGCACCUUACAAAGGAAUUAUUAGAGAUUCAACCUGUAAAUACAUUCCACAAUGGCAGAGCUAUCGGUGUUUUGGGAUGGAGUAUGCAAUGAUGGUUAUUGAAAGCCUGGAUUCUGACACAGAAACUCGAAGACUCUCACCGGUGGCUGUAGUGAGCAAUGGUUAUGUUGAUCUCAUUAAUGGCCCACAGGAUCAUGGCUGGUGUGCUGGAUACACAUGCCAGAGAAGGCUGUCCCUGUUUCAUAGCAUUGUGGCGCUGAACAAAUAUUAUGAAAUUUACUUCACUGGCACUAGUCCUCAGAAUCUUCGACUGAUAUUGCUUAAUGUUGACCAUAAAAAGGCUGUGGUGGUAGGAAUAUUUUUUCCCACGCUUCAGCGUUUGGAUGUCUAUGUGAACAAUGCAUUGGUUUGCCCCAAAAAUACAGUAUGGAACCCUCAACAGAAAUACUGUGAACCUAAAAGACAUCUGUACACAGGUAUUUCCUCAGAAAAAUAA